UCAAAUCAAUCACCGCGGGGCGGUAAUUUGUUUCUUCUCGUUGGUGCCCUAAAAGGGGCGAGGCGGCUCUUAUUCUUUCAAGAGCGCGUAAACUCGGGGCCUGUCCUUGAACCACUGCCCCUUCGGCUCUCUGCAAACGGAGAAAAAGUUUGCCGAAUAUCUUUCUGCCAUCUCUUUAUAGCAAGACCAGUCGAUAGGAAUCCCUAAUAUUGGCUGCCAAACGAUUUAUCCUUCUUAGGGAAGUAACCCACUUGUGAAAAGCCUCCACAAAUUUCUCCUGCUAGCGGAAGCAAGCUCUGGUGUAGUGGUGCAACACCCAUCUUCAGUACCCGCCAGAAAUCGUCUUCUUACUGGAACAAAAGUACCUUCUGGCCUUCACUCCUAUUUGCUUCAUGGAACGAUACCCAUCUCCAAUAUCCACCUGAAGGCUCUUUUUUUUAUCCGAAGAGCUUUCCUCUAUUUUCUUUUUGCUUUAGGCAAGACCCCAUUUCUCAGAACCCGUCUUAAAUGGUUAUUCUGUUAGGAGGAUACCAGUCUGUGUGAUUCUGUCUUCGCUCUAGCUUAGACAUUCGGAACAAGUUACUGAGUCUCUUUUGUGAUAGUAUAUAGAAUGCCCUCAAAGGAGAAGCAGCGUCGUCGAAAGACCAACAAGGGUAACUCUUCUAAUAGCGCGCAGAACGCCCCGAUUCCCACAAUGAGCGACGAUGAUGAUACCUAUAUUGGUGAUUCUUAUUUGAAAGAAGAGAAAGCAGAGAAUUCUGCUCCCGAGUCCAGCUGCGAGCUUAACGAAUCGAUCAUUGGCAUCGAUAAAACCAGCGCAGACUACUACUUCGAUUCAUACUCUCACUUUGGUAUACAUGAAGAAAUGUUGAAAGACUCUGUGAGGACUAAAACAUAUCAAAAUGUUAUCUACAAGAACUCUUUUCUCUUUAAAGACAAAGUUGUUCUUGACGUUGGAGCAGGGACUGGGAUUUUAUCUUUAUUCUGCGCGAAAGCAGGCGCCAAACAUGUGUAUGCGAUAGAAUGCUCCCUCAUGGCUGAUAUGGCUAAAGAAAUUGUUCAAGCUAAUGGAUAUGCUGAUGUUAUCACAGUUUUGAAGGGCAAGGUCGAAGAGAUUGCAUUGCCUGUACAGCAUGUGGAUAUUAUUAUCUCAGAGUGGAUGGGUUAUUUUCUAGUGUUUGAGAACAUGUUGAAUACAGUUCUCUAUGCUCGUGAUAAAUGGCUGACUGAUGGUGGUAUCAUGCUGCCGGACAAAGCAUCUUUAUAUUUGACUGCAAUUGAGGAUGCAGAGUACAAAGAUGACAAAAUCGAGUUUUGGAAUAAUGUAUAUGGCUUUGACAUGAGUUGCAUAAAGAAGCAAGCAAUGAUGGAACCACUUGUUGACACAGUUGAUCAGAAUCAGAUUGUCACAAACUGCCAGUUGCUUAAAACGAUGGACAUCUCAAACAUGGCUCCAGGUGAUGCCUCAUUCACUGCUUCUUUUAAGCUAGUGGCAGAGCGCAAUGACUACAUACAUGCGCUUGUUGCCUACUUUGACGUCUCAUUCACAAGAUGCCACAAGUGCAUGGGCUUCUCUACAGGACCACGGUCACGAGGUACCCAUUGGAAGCAGACUGUUCUGUACCUGGAAGACGUGCUAACCAUUUGUGAAGGUGAAGAACUAACUGGAAGCAUGACUGUGGCUCCUAAUAAGAAGAACCCUCGUGAUGUUGACAUCAUGCUCAAGUAUUCACUUAAUGGCCAGCAUUGCCAAGUCGCAAGAACUCAGCACUACAAGAUGCGUUGAGAAUGAGAUGAUAGUGGAUAUCAUAUUUUGAUGCAUUUGAAGCUUUCUCCAAUAUUCGUUAGUGUUUAUUAUGAAUUGGACAAGAUCCUUUGCUUUAUGCAUUGGCAGAUGAUACUCUUCAAUUCAUUGCAAUUUUAUUCGGUGGUAAAGAAAUUUUGAAUCAUUGAUGCUGAA